UGGUAGCCUACCGACUCCGUGGGUGCGGAGGGCAGAGCCGACUGGGUGUGAGAGCGCCCGCCGCCUUGACUGCAGUCCUCCUCCAGGAGCUGCGCCGAGCCUGCACUCACUUCUUUCCUCUUCCUGAGUUUGAACCGUCGGACCCACCGUCUAGCCGUCCACUCGUGAGGCCUGGGGCGAUGGACCCGUUCACCGAGAAAUUGCUAGAACGAACACGUGCCAGACGAGAGAAUCUUCAGAGAAAAAUGGCUGAGAGGCCUACGGCAGUAGCGAGGUCUGCCCCGCAUGCGAAGAGAGGCAGAGAGCCACUUUCAGAAGCAAGUAAUCAGCAGCAGCCCCUAUCAGGGGGCGAAGAAAAAUCUUGUACAAAACCAUCACCAUCAAAAAAACGUUGUUCUGACAAAAUUGAAGUGGGAGCUCCGGACUUAGAAAAUACAGAACCUAUUGAUGUUGCAAAGCCGUGUUCUCCGAUGCCUGCACCCCGACAGACGAAGCCCCCAGCACCAGCUGCCAUCAGUGAUUCUGUGGCUGCCCCAGCUCCCCUGCUCAGCGCGGACAGAGGGCCAAACUCAGGGUCCGAAGCAUCUGCAGCCUCCUCAGUUAAAACUCGAAUGCAAAGGCUCGCUGAGCAGCGGCGCCAUUGGGAUAGUGAUCUCGCAGAUGAUGUAUCAGAAAGUUCAUACUUUGCACCAGUGCCAUCUGAGGAAAAGGCUGUCUCACCUUCCAAGCCACCCAUUUCAAAUGCCUCAGCUACCCCAGUUGGGAGAAGGGGCCGUCUGGCCAACCUUGCUGCAACGAUUUGCUCCUGGGAAGAUGAUGUAAGCCACUCAUCUGCAAAGCAAAAUAGUGUGCAAGAACAGCCUGGUACCGCUUGUUUAUCCAAAUCUUCCUCUGCAAGUGGAGCAUCUGCUAGCAUCAAUAGCAGCAGUGUUCAGCAGGAAGCUACAUGCUGUUCCCCAAGGGGCGGCAAUGCCUCUGUCAGGAAAGACCCAUCUUCAAACGCUGCCCAUGGAUCUUUGCUUAGCGCCUCAGUGUCCAGCUCUGUGAAAGCAUCUUCCCCUGUGAAAUCUGCUACAUUCAGCACUAAACACUGUGAGGUACAAAAUCCUGAGCUACUUCACAAAACUGUCAGUCCUCUGAGAGCAGAGGCGUUGAAACCAUGUGAGAAGCCAACUUUAUCCCAGGGAGUUCAGCCCAAAGAGGAAGCUAACAGAGAAGUGUGUCUACAGUCACAGCCCAAGGACAAACCUGCAACACCAGGAGGAAGAGGAAUUAAGCCUUUCCUGGAACGCUUUGGAGAGCGUUGUCAAGAGCACAGUAAAGAAAGUCCAUCUUACCGAGCAUCUCAUAAAACCCCAAAUAUCACUCCAAAUACAAAGGCCAUCCAGGAAAGAUUAUUCAAACAAAACACAUGCUCAUCUACUACCCACUUAGCACAGCAGCUCAAACAGGAACGUGAAAAAGAACUGGCAUGUCUUCGUGGUCGACUUGACAAGGGCAAUUUAUGGAGUGCAGAAAAGAAUGAAAAGUCAAGAAGCGAGACCAAACAGGAAGUUCACUGUCAGAACACUCCACUCAAGAAACAUCAAGCUGUCUCAAGCACCCCACUGACUUCUGUAACAGACCAGGUGGCUGGAAAUGAACCAGCAGUGAAGCUUUCUGGCACAGAGCCUGCAGGUUCCACUGAAAGCGAAAUGACAAAGUCCAGCCCUUUGAAAAUAACGUUGUUUUUAGAAGAAGAAAAGUCCUUAAAAGUAGCAUCAGCCCUGGAGGUUGAGCAGAAGACUGAAGCAGUGCGUGAGGUUGAGAUGAGCGUGGACGAUGAGGAUAUCAAUAGCUCCAAAGUCAUUAAUGACAUCUUCAGUGAUGUCCUAGAGGAAGGGGAGCUGGAUGUGGAAAAGAGCCAAGAGGCGAUGGACCAAGUGGGAGCAGAAAACAGUGAGGAGCAGGAAGAUGCACUGAAUAUCUCCUCAAUGUCUUUACUUGCUCCACUAGCUCAGACGGUCGGGGUGGUGAGCCUGGAGAAUGUAAUUUCUUCACCUCAGUCGGAAUUGAGAGACACUAGCCUAAGUGCUGCAAGUCCUAAGCCAGGGAAAUUCCAGAGAACCCGCGUCCCUCGCGCCGAGUCUGCGGAUAGCCUCAGUUCUGAGGACCGGGACCUUCUCUAUAGCAUUGAUGCAUAUAGGUCUCAAAGAUUCAAAGAAACAGAACGCCCUUCCAUAAAGCAAGUGAUUGUUCGAAAGGAAGAUGUUACUUCAAAGUUGGGUGAAAAGAAUAACGUCUUUUCUGGUCAAGUUAAUAUCAAACAAAAAAUGCAGGAGCUCAAUAAUGACAUAAAUUUGCAGCAGACAGUGAUCUAUCAGGCCAGUCAGGCUCUCAACUGCUGUGUGGAUGAAGAACACGGGAAAGGAUCCUUGGAAGAAGCUGAAGCAGAAAGACUUCUUCUGAUUGCAACUGAGAAAAGAGCACUUCUGAUUGAUGAACUGAAUAAGCUGAAGAGUGAAGGACCUCAGAGGAGGAACAAGACCAGUGUCAUAACCCAGAGUGAAUUUGUUCCAUCUAAAGGGUCAGUCACUCUGUCAGAAAUCUGCUUGCCUCUGAAGGCAGAUUUUGUCUGCAGCACCGCGCAAAAAACAGAUGCAUCAAAUUAUUACUACUUAAUUAUGCUAAAAGCUGGGGCUGAGCAGAUGGUCGCCACUCCAUUAGCAAGUACUGCAAACUCUCUCAGUGGUGAUGCUCUGACAUUUCCUACUACGUUUACUCUCUCAGGCAUGAGGAGCAGAGGAGGACAGCUGGUGGGGGUCACCGCUUGCCCUUCUUGUUCCAUAAUGCUCAUGGGAGAGAGUUUAGACAGCUCUGCCGGCCUGGUUCCUUUCCAGCCCUAUGUACAAAAGAAAGAUUCCUUGGGCCCCGAUAAGAAGAAGAAAGCAUCCAAGUCCAAGGCUAUUACUCCAAAGAGACUCCUCACAUCUAUAACUUCAAAAAGCAGCCUUCAUUCUUCAGUUAUGGCCAGUCCCGGAGGUCUCGGUGCUGUGCGUACCAGCAACUUUACCCUAGUUGGAUCUCACACACUCUCCUUAUCUUCUGUUGGAGACACUAAGUUUGCUUUGGACAAGGUACCUUUUUUAUCACCGUUGGAAGGUCACAUCUGUUUAAAAAUAAGCUGCCAAGUGAAUUCAGCUGUUGAGGAAAAAGGUUUCCUUACCAUAUUUGAAGAUGUUAGUGGCUUUGGUGCCUGGCACCGAAGAUGGUGUGUUCUCUCUGGCAACUGUAUCUCUUACUGGACUUACCCAGAUGAUGAGAGGCGAAAGAAUCCCAUAGGAAGGAUAAAUCUGGCCAAUUGUAUCAGUCAUCAGAUAGAACCAGCCAACAGAGAAUUUUGUGCAAGACGUAACACUCUGGAAUUAAUUACUGUCCGACCACAAAGAGAAGACGAUCGAGAAACUCUUGUCAGCCAAUGUAGGGACACACUCUGUGUCACCAAGAACUGGCUCUCUGCAGAUACUAAAGAAGAGCGGGAUCUCUGGAUGCAGAAACUCAACCAGGUUAUAGUUGAUAUUCGCCUCUGGCAGCCUGAUGCGUGCUACAAGCCUGUUGGAAAGCCUUAAGCCGAGGGAGCUUCUGCCCCAUGAGAGACUUUGCUAGCUGUGUUAAAAGGGUCUUAAGAAGACAGGGUUAGAAGCACCAGAUUUGCAAGUUGUAUUUUAUGCUUUAAAUAUAAAAGGGUAUGUGCAAAUAUUCACUACAUAUUAUGCAGUAUUUAUAUCUUUUCUAUGUAAAACUUCACCCAGUUUGUCUUGCAUUUGUACAUGUUUGACAGUCAAAUACUAACAAUAUUCAUGAGAAUUGAUAUCCAUGCUAAAUAUAACAUUAAGAGUCUUGUUUUGUAGAAACCUCACUAGCCAGUUAUUCAUGACAAAAGCUAUAUAUUAUAAUCAAGUUCUGAUUUGUCCUUUGGAGCUGUGGGUUUGAAGGUAUUAGGGUCUCCUGUAAGUCACAAACAGAAACAUUUCAGGACAGUUUAGUAAAGAGAUGAGAAAAGGCAGCAAACAAUAGUUUAAGUUGCUCAGAGCUGUGGGCAGGACACUGUAACAUUUGGGCCUGCAUAUUCUAUACUGAAGGGUUAAGAGUCACACAGCUAGCGCUCACUCUGACCCUAAGUGUGCAGUGUGGGGCACAUUCUCACCGUGUUCAGGCUUGACUAAAGAGUUAUUUCCAUAUAGCUUGGAGUCCUCAUAUUAACCUUAGCUUUUUCUCUUGCAAUAAGAGCAAAUGUAGGUUGAAGAACAGUGCAUAAGAACCUUUACCAGGCUGUUGGACUACUCCUGUGCUUCCCGGAGUUCUUGUCUUACGUUCCUUUCAUGUUUAUCUAUGACACUGUCUACAAAUCUGUUCUGAGAUCACUGAAAAAUAUAGUAAGCUAUGUAUUACCUUUAAAAGCCCAAUGCCUCCUUGAAAUUUAAAGAUAUUGAAAUGCAUGGCUUCAGUUUUUAAAUAUUGUAUUACUUCUCUGACUUAAUUAUUGAUGGUUUCAUUUAUAAACACUAAGUCUAUCACUUGCCAUUAUAUUUCUUACUCAUUUAAACAUGGAUUUUCUUAUGUAUAUUAUAAAAGUAUUUUAUGACAUAAAUAAAUAAUUGUAAAUUGUCAAAAGCAUCAGUUAUUUAAGAAAUCCUCUGUGUGAUGUAUUGCUGUAUAUGUCCUGGUUGUGUGGGGGACAUUGUGCUGACACUACGCCAUCCAUAUCUUCAUAUCUAGCCCGGUCUUCGUCUUGCUGAAUGUUCUUGGGGUUGGUGUUACAUGAGCAGGUGUGUGAAGGACCCUUUCUGGGGGUUUCAGCAGAAUGUGAUGAUGGGUGCACAUUUGAGGAGGUGAUGGGUGAGACUGAGUGGUCAGCAGCUAGAACAGGCAGGCAUGAGGUGAAAGGAGCGAUGAGGUGGUUCUUUGUACAAGGCUGUUGACUCGCAUUUGCAACAGCUCAAGAGCGCAAAGACUUUACCCAGAUGUCUUCUCCUGUUCUCAGGCUUCCCUUUGUACUUUUCACAGCAUAGACCACCGUGCAAACAGUCUUUACAGACGUGUGCAGUCUUCUGUAUGUAAGUGUUCUGUACACACUGCUGGUUAUAUAGGACCCCUUAAAGGUUGUCUCAGUUUAUAUAUGAAAUUCCGUUUUAGAAGUUUACAAUAUAUGUCAUUCCUUUUAACGGUUAAUGAAACAAUCUAAAAAUCACCCGAGUAGAAAAAUUCAUUCUAGUUUAAGUUGGCCUGU